GAUACAGGGUGCGUUUUAGCCACAGUGACUUAGCAGUAGGCUACAGAAUAUUGGCUACUGCAAUGGCGCACAUUCACCGAGCACUAUUGGAUUUUAGGAGUGUCAGUCGAAUGUAGGAGAGGAUAGGUAGCCAAAAACAAAUCUAUAUCAGGAAGACCCAGCUGUCAGAUGCAGAAACGUGAACAGGUGGCCUCUCCAGAGAUUUACGCGUGAAGGUGAAUAGACUAACAGCUUACCUUUUUCUCUAAUCUUCUGCUGACGACAGCAAUACUGACCCUACGGUCAAAAUUAUGUAUGUCUAUCGCAGUUUGAGAUUCAAGUGACAGUCGCUCCUCGGUUGGACUUUCGUUGCUGACGUUUUUUUCUUCAAGUGUCAGAGAAUCUGAAAGUGACGUCUGGACUUUCGAAGAUGUGCUGGCGCCUUGCAUUUACCUGGAUUUCACAGUAGUUACUUUCACGUGUAGGCUACAUUGAGAUUGGAAUUUACUAAGGACCCAGGUGCCAAAGCAGCAUGUUUCCCGAAAUUAAUAACAAGUCUUCAAAACCAGAGGCCUUCCCCCACUCACACAGACUCCAGACCCAACAGGCAACCAACCGGCCCUAUUUACAGAAGUUUAACUCGGAGGGGACCUUGCCCCAUCUGGAGCCCCCAGUGAUACAGGUGGUUGUCAGCAAUGCCAAACUCCACCACCAGCAGUCCGAUAGCAUCCUGCCCCACAUCGUCAACAAGGGGGUGCAGAGCAACUACCAGACACACCAGGAUGAGAGAUCAAAGCCGUCCUCCCAGUUCCCCUUGCGGUUCGGCUCCUCCGUGGAGAACCUGUCUGACUCCAUCACCACCAAGGGCCUCAGCAACAAGCUGGAGGAGAAGAAGCUUUAUGAGGGACAGAGGCUGCCCAUGUCUCCCACAGAGGCACUGAGGCACUUCCAGGGGCGUCUGACAGAGUUUGAGCAGGAGGAGAUCAUGGACUACUCAGAGAUCUGGUUCCUGGGUCUGGAGACCAAGAAGUUUGAGGGCUCUCACGGGAUUCCCCAGAACGCAGGCUACGACGACGAGCACGGCAGCUACAACAAGGUUCUACACGACCACAUUGGCUUCCGCUUUGAGGUGUUGGAGGUAAUCGGGAAGGGAUCCUUUGGACAGGUCCUGAAAUGUCUGGACCACAAGACCCAAGAACUGGUUGCCAUCAAGGUCAUUCGCAACAAGAAAAGGUUCCACCACCAGGCCCUAGUGGAACUGAAGAUCCUGGAUGCCGUGAGGAGGAAAGACAGGGAAAAGUGCCACAACGUCAUCCAUAUGAAAGAAUACUUCUACUUCCGCAACCAUCUCUGCAUCUCCUUCGAGCUGCUAGGAGUCAACCUUUAUGAACUGAUUAAGAAGAACAACUUCCAGGGCUUCAGUCUGGCCCUGAUUCGUCGUUUCACCCACUCCCUGCUCAAGUGCCUGCAGAUGCUGCAUAAGGAGAAGAUCAUUCACUGUGACCUCAAACCGGAGAACAUCCUUCUGUCACAGAAAGGACAAGGAAAUAUCAAGGUGGUGGACUUUGGGUCCAGCUGUUAUGAGCAGCAGAGAGUUUACACCUACAUCCAGAGUCGUUUCUACCGCUCCCCAGAGGUGAUUCUGGGCCACCCCUACAGCAUGGCCAUCGACAUGUGGAGCCUGGGCUGCAUCAUGGCUGAGCUCUACACCGGCUUCCCGCUCUUCCCUGGGGAGAGCGAGGUGGAGCAGAUCGCCUGCAUCAUGGAGGUAUUCGGUAUGCCUCCCACUGAUUUUGUGCAGACAGCAUCCAGGAAAAGAUUGUUUUUCGACUCUAAAGGAAACCCCAGAAACAUCACAAACAGCAAAGGGAAGAAGAGGCGACCCAAUUCCAAAGACCUGGCCAGUGUGCUGAAAACCAAUGAUCCUCUGUUCCUGGACUUCCUUCGACGCUGCCUCAUGUGGGAUCCAACCAAGCGUAUGACACCAGAUGAGGCGAUGCAGCAUGAGUGGAUCCAGGAGGCCCAUCUCAACAAACUCAGGCCCAAAACACGACCCAUGAUGAGGAAGCCCAGUGAAAGCAUGAGCGGCACAGAAAACAACUACAAGGCCACUUACCGCAAAGUAGUCACUAACAGGACAGCUGAGAAGAUCGGGUCCGAUAGCAACAACAAGCUGAAGAGGGACCUCUCCGCCAAGGCAGGCGGCAAGAUGGUGACCGCUGAGCGACUUUGUCCCAUUGGAGCGUCAACAGAGGAGCAGUUGUGUGAGGGCGUGGCCAAGGUCAACAGGGACACCAAUCACGAGGCGAGCGUGGAGAGGCCCGUGCACAUCAUCAUCAAGCCUCAGCUAGAUGUGGGCACCGGCGGAGAGUGCCAGGAGUCGUCCCAGUGUCUGCCCCCUAUCAUGUAGCAGCACAGGCAGGCAGCACUAGGCGUUAUGGACUUUAACAUCCUCAAAGAGGCAAAGUGGAUAAUGAAUACUGUGGUCAUGUCUAGGGGAUCUCCUGUUUUGUAACAUUCCUGUGGUCUAUGACACGCAUUCAAUACGCUUAAUAAAGUCCCCUUCGCUCAGGGUUUCCCAAACUCUUAAGAGGAGCACGUUUUUUUUUUUGCCUUAA